AUGACAACUCCCGACGAUGGUGGGGACAGCAAUGACAAUGGCGAUCAGCGCAAGUUGUCUCCUACAGAGGCUGCUAUCAUUGAAAUGAUGAAGAAGCAAUCAUUGGAAUCGGAGAGGCAGGCGGCGAAUGGCAAAGGAGGAGAUGGAGAGAAGAAGCAUGCCUUUUGGGAUACUCAACCAAUGCCCCAUGGAUCACGCGAGAACCAUCCUGAGGGUCCUAUUGUCCCCAAUCGACCUGUGGAGGAGGUCCGUAGUGAACCGUACACCAUGCCAGGUGGAUUCGAAUGGUCCAAUGUGAAUGUGGGUGAUCCAGCCCAACGAGAUGAACUCUACCAUUUGCUGGCCCAAAACUACGUCGAAGACGAUGAAUGCCUCUUUCGAUUCGAAUACUCCCAAGAGUUCCUCAUGUGGGCAUUGACACCGCCUGGGUAUCGAGAUGAUUUCUUGUUUGGAGUACGAUCCUCGUCCAACAAAAAAUUGGUCGCCUUUAUCAGUGCCAUUCCUGCCAAAGUCAGGGCCUACCAAAAUGAAUUGCCCAUUGUCGAAAUAAACUUUCUCUGCGUGCACAAAAAGUUGCGGUCCAAACGAUUGGCUCCGGUCUUGAUCAAAGAAAUCACGCGACGCGUCAAUAAGACGGGAGUCUUUCAGGCCGUCUACACGGCUGGUGCUGUCUUGCCCGUCCCAGUCGCCAGUUCGCGGUAUUAUCAUCGAAACCUCAAUCCAAAAAAGUUGGUCAAGGUCGCAUUCACCCGGUUGAACCCUCGACAAACCAUGGCACGCAUGAUCAAAUUGUACCGACUCCCCGAGCAACCCGAUACCAAAGGAUUGCGACCCAUGGAAGAAAAGGACGUGGAAGGCGUCCACAAAUUGUUGGUCAGCUACCUGGACAAAUUCGAAUUGAAAAUUCUCUUUACCAAAGCAGAAGUGGCGCAUUGGCUGUUGCCAAGAGAAGGUGUCAUCAACAGUUAUGUCAUUGACAAGGAAGGGGAUGGAAUCGUUACCGACUUUUGCUCCUUUUAUCAUUUGCCCAGUUCCAUCCUGAAUCAAGAUGACACACUCUUCGCUGCGUAUUCGUACUACAAUGUCGCUACAACCAUGUCGUUGACCGAUCUCAUGAGAGACUGCUUGAUCCUGGCCAAGCAAUGCAAAGCUGAUGUUUUCAAUGCACUCAACCUUAUGGACAAUGAAGAGUUUUUGAAGGAUCUCAAGUUCGGAAAGGGCGACGGGUGUCUGCAAUAUUACAUCUACAACUGGGCCUGUCCGGAAAUGCCACCCGGCAAAGUGGGCAUUGUGCUUCUCUAA